CCCAAUCACAGUGACAGUACGUGCCAGGCGAGUACUGGUGCACAUUAAUCUAACCGUUAGAAAAGAUGGAGAUUAAGUUUGUACUGUAGCUAUAGAUGUGACGAGUGUCCAGAACAAGUGCACGGAGAGAUAAAUCCCCGCUCCAGAGACACUAGACGCCAUUAAUGGACAUUUUCCAUGGUGUGUGUGUGGUCUCGUUUUUAAAUUUGAUGAUUUAAAAUGCCAAAAAGCACCAAAUAUUGGGAAAGAGUGACAGAUUUCCUACAGUUUUCCAGAAAGGGCGAUAUCUCACAACUUAAAUAAGUGCCAAUUCUAAAUGUAUGCAGUGCCAAACUGGAAAAGCCAUCCAGGAACAACUGUUUACAUUUGAUAAAGCGCUGGACAUAGACUAUUGUUAAAGUGCUGUUUUCGGCACAAGAAUGUACGAGAUUGCCAUAUUUUAUUCAGAAAAUACUUGCCACUCAUUUCUACUGGGCUUUGUGCUCGUCCAAAACAAAACAUUUCCAUUCAGCAGUAGAGCAAAUACACGUUCCUUUAUUUAGUGGUAUGUGUAGAACAAAAAUGAAGGAGUAAAAGCAUGAAUAUUUUUUCAGUCCGUCCCUUUUACAAAGCCGUGGUUUUCUAGCUCUGUGAGGUCAUUGCACAGUUCCCUAUCGGCAGUAAAAACUGUUCUGAUUCCAUUAUCUGUCAUUCAUGAAGACACAGACUUGUUUUGAUAGAUUGAUAUUGUUCCUGGCCUUCUCCAUGACUUCAUUAUAUAAAUACUGAAAAAGAACUGGUUUCAGGUUUCAUCAUCCAACAUAACUGAAUGAAAUCACUGACACGUCAACAACAUUCGGGCACGCUGUCCUUGCUUCUUGAAUACUUCACAUGCCGUCUUAGUUGGUUCAACUGCAAAAGCGGAUACAGCAUUGUAAAUGCAUUGACUCAACACCACAAAAUAGAUGUCUUAGUCAUGUAAAAAUGACGCCCACCGCCAAUCUCCGAGUCCUUGCUGUCUCCCUGCUCUCCCUCCUCACUGCCCCUCUCACCACUGUCGUGGAGACCUCUCCUUCCUCCCGCCCUCAGCACAUCCAGCCAACAGAGAAGCCAGUCACGGAGGAGCCCAAGACCAACCCCAGCCCCUCGCUCGUGCUCCUCGCCAUCCAAGCCAACAUCAGGCCAGCAGCUCUCCAAAGCAGAACAAAGAUUCCUGAGAAACUUCCAGAGAUCUCAGAGGGAGUUCUGGAGACACCUCCAAGGCCGCUGCCCCAGGUCAUGUUCCCCAAGAAUGUGACUUUAGCGGAGGCCCUGGCUACUCCCUUAGGCACGUUGAUAGAUGUAUGGACGGAUGUAUGCCGAGGGUAUUAUGAUGUAAUGGGACAUUUUGACAGCGCCUUCAACUGCUCAAAGGAAACCUUCAUCUAUUGCUGUGGAACCUGUCACUACCGGUUCUGCUGCCCAGAGCGUAGCCGCAAACUGGAACAGGAGCGCUGCAAAAACUACGACUCUCCAGACUGGGCCAAGCCACAGACAGAUACCAUGUUUAUACCAGACGAGUCAGGUCCUGAUCCCGACUUUGAUCCACUGAAGCAACAGAGCCAUAACACUGGCUUCGUCAUCGGUGGCGUGGUCGUGUUCAUGGUGGCUGUUGCCGUGGGCAUCAAGGUGGUCUUCAACAAGGUGCAGCAGGAAGCCAACCAAAGGGACCUGAAUAUGCCCAGAGCCCUGGUCGACAUGCUGCGGCACCAGUCAAGCCCGGUUCAGCAGGAUGAGAGGAACAACAGCGUAGCUCUGGCUGUUGGGGACGGGCAGGGGACACUGGGGAGAGCUCAGAAAAAUCUGUACGCCCCAGGACUGCCCAGCAAGGACAACAGAUUGGGCAAUUUGCAGCACAACUUCAUCCAGUCAUCAGGCUCCAGUCCCAAACACACCGCAACUAUCGAACGCACCCCGCGAAUGAACAAUGCUCAGCUGGCAGCGGGAGGCACCCUGCUCUCCAGUAAACACAACAACACCAAAUCCCAGCCUGCCUUCCACCACUCCCUGCACAACCUGGCUCAGCUGCCUCCCUCCUAUGAGAGUGCCACCAAGCCGGAGCUGAACAGAUACUCCUCACUCAAACGCCUCGAAAAAGGUCUCGAUGAAUACUCGUCCGGUUACUGCACCACUAAGCGCCGGCCUCACACAGCCCAGCCGGCCCUCCAGUCCUCUCAGUACCACCUCCACUGGGGCGGGGACUACACCCUCAGUGGAAGAGGAACCCUCCCCAGACACGCAGCACAUCCCUGGAUCCCACCACCACCUUCUGGCAUGCCUGCCUCACCUACGCCUAAUCCCUAUCCUUUGGAUCCCCCAGAACCACAGUACAACCCCAACUACGACACUCUCUCCAAGCCCCCAAGGAAAGUUAAGUCCACUGAUCAGCUGCUCAACAUGGGGGAUGUCCCGGGUAACACAGGGACUCUGUCCAGGCUGUCCAAGAACCAGCAACACCAGUACUACAAAGCCAUGGCUGCCUCCAACAAGAACUCCAACACACAGACCCUCACUCGCAAGGCCCAGGACAGGCAGGACAGGCAGGACAGGCAGGACAGGCAGGACAGGGACAGACAGGAGAGACAAGACAGGCAGGACAGGCAGGAACGGCUGCUCAUGUCACCAGACCAUCUGGAGGACAGGAUGGGGGUUAGUGGGAUGGGUGUCAUGGAUCCAUACGCCCACACAGGAGGGAUUGUCCCCACACUGCCUCGCCAGCAGAAGGCCCAGUCCCAGCAGAACGUCUGCGCCACGCCCUCCCUCGACCGGCAUCACAUGAUCAAGAUGAACUCUCACCCCACGUCUGGAAGAGAGCAGGAGAGGACCACGGCGAUGACAGGGCACAUGAGUGGGGGCAUGGGCUGGGCGGGGGAGAUGCCCGGGGCAGGGGUAGUCAUGGGAACAGGAACACUAGGGGGCCACAGCGCCAGGAGGAUGGCUUUCGCAGCAAAGAGGCAGAACACCAUUGAGCAGCUACAUUUCAUACCAGGAGGUGGGGGGUCAGGAGGAAGUGGAGGCAGUCAGGGUAUCAGGACGGGGAGUAAAAAUGAGGUGACAGUGUAAGGUGUGUGACUAGAGUAGAGUUUGUUAGUUAUGGGAGUAGCUCACCUUUCUGCAUUUAACUAUUAGAUCUACAACUACAUUAACUAAAACUAGAAGUAUCAAGUAUAGUAACAGUAUAACGUGUUUAGGCUCUUCAAAUUAGUGUUAUCUUGUAAUGAAUGAAAUAGCUUAAAUAUAUUGACUUAAUACAAAUCUAGGUAGGGAGUAUCUGUCCCAAUUAUGUGAUAGCCUACAUCAGCCAUAUUUUGUAAGAGAAUUUGCCAUAUUGCCAUAUACAGCGGUGCCAUUACUUGUAGAAAGACUGACUAGUAGAUUGAAACAAAACCAACAGAAGUGACGUUCAUAAUUUUGUUUUUCAUAUUUUUCAAAAAGUACUCAGGAGCCAUAUUAGAUAGGGAACCAGAUGAUAUCAAAAACGAGGCUGAUGAAGAGGAGGACCACGAUGAGCACUGUAUCACAGACUUUCAUAACGAAGUGAGCGGAACUGCUCGUCUGUCGACCUGCUCGGCCCUCGCAGUCAAGAUUUAUUAAACUGAAACUCAUGGGUAAAGACGCCCGGAGGACCAGAUGAGCCUGAACGAACGUUGCGCCCGUGAGGGAUUCUGGAGAUCGUAGACUCUGCUAAACUGACCUCAUCCUGACACAAGGAGACAGAACUGCUUUUUGUUGCUUCCUAUGUAAAUGAGCAGACAAGGUGGGGACUGUUUCUGUCUGGGACUCAGCAGCCUGACACCAACGGCAGGACUCUGUGUCCGAUUUAAACUGCAGAUGUGCCCACAUUACCAAUUUGACACCUGGGUUGCCUAGUUUUCCAUGUGACCUUAGAUUAAAUCCCAGAGGACCACACACUCUGAUCACUGUUACACUGCAGAAGUGUAAGAUGACAUUAGACUAUGUCUUGGGUAACUUUUCUACAGUGUUCCCUACUAUAGAUCAGGACCUAACUGUAAAAACAAUGGGCUAUGAAAUGAUUUAGAGCCAUCGAUAUUACAAUAUAUAUAUAUCUCUCUAUAUAUAGAUAUAUAUAUAUAAAAAACUGAUAUAAACACACAAGUCAAGAGAUAACAGAAGAGACGUGUGUGUUCACUUUACAAACACAAAGGCCACCUGCUCUAAUGCAGGUUGUGUAUGAAGAGCAAAGGUUUUUCUACAGAGCACAAAUGAAUUAGACCAUGACGCAGAGGUUGCACUUACACAACUAUCCUUCAAAGCCAUUUAUGUCGAUACAAAGAAAAUACCACAGAAGAAGCUGGUCUGACAAUCACCAUUUUAUUCUUCUCACCAGGUGACAAAUUACAAGUGUGAUAUUUUGUACAGUCUAAGGAUUGGCUUCAGAGCAAGCCAGAAACAUCAGAGUCAGGAGCGAGGGCAGCCUGAGUGAGGCCUUCUCCUGCGUGGCUCCUUCUGCCAUAAGACACUCGGAUGGUUAGGAAGCCCGUCCCAUCCUCAAGACAAAGACCUUGCUGUAUCAUAUCGCACUUCAGCCAGUAUGAGUUUAAAAAAAGAAAAGAGAAAAAAAAAAAUCUUCAUCAAUAACAAUGCUUAUCAAUACUAAGGGCUAUCCUAUUCUAUAUACUGUAGUAUGUGAUAUCUGUGGUCCAUAUAAAAUGCUAUCUCUUUCUCUUGAUUUUGUGUUGAUAUUGUCACGAUGUAUUGAGUAUUAAUGUGUAGAAAAGAAAACAACAAAAAAAAAAACAAGAGCAAUUAAAGCACAGUUCAAAGAGAAACGGAGACAAAAACUUUUGCACAAAUCUAACCCCCCCCAGAUAUUUGCACCAGAUACAAACUUACGUUGUAUCGUGUCCUCAAGGUUUACAUUCUGUACGAGCACGGCUGAGAGUGUGACUGAUCAAUGAAUGGAGGUAUUACGUUAACGGGAGACGAAGGUUUUUUUAAUCAGCAGAGUUCAGAGGUAAUUACACAGAUAAAAGGAGGAGCGUGUCACUGCUGGGUUUUUGUUCAGUCAUGGGAGAGGACACGGAGAUAAAAUGCUGACAAACAGAAACACACAAUUCAUUUCAACAAUCUUCCUAUACACAGUGCUAAAUGUAGUUGUUAUGAAUAUGAUGGAGUGUUAUUAUUAAUGAUUAUUAUAACUGUUAUGGUUAUUAUUAACAAUUAUCUUAUGAUGUGAUGUUCUUUUGCUUGGUGGGAUUUAAGUGUUUAUUGUUUUUUAGAUAACUAGCAUUCUCAUGACUGGUUUCUUCAUACAUCUGGUCAUAAAUUCAAGUUUUAAAAGCAUUCCAAAAUCUUGAUGCAUGCCAGCUCCAUUUCAUUGAGAGACACUUACUGUGCGGCCAGUUUUCCAGCUGUACGCUCUGUGUCUAGACAUCGGCCUUAUGACUUCUUGAUCUAAAGUGAUUACUUAGGUUUCCACACUGGUACAAAACCAUAUUUUGGGGGGAAAGAAAAUCUGCAGCCAGUAAGGUGUAGACGGGUUUGGGACAGGCGGGACAUUUGUAACAGAAUGGAGACGGUUCACUGUCCCUAAUGGGUUGUACACUCAAAACCCUUCAUGCCAUAAUGUAUGUGUGUUCGGUUGAAUGUUUAUUAUAAAACUUGGGAGAAAAAAUCCGAGGUCUGAACCUGAAUGGUUUGAGUGCAGUGUCUUUUUCAGGGAAUUAGGACAGAUGACAUAAAGUAGUGUUAGAUUUUUUUAAUAGAGCCACAAAAGGUCUGUAGCAAAGUCUGUAAUAUCUCACAAGCCAUAUCCAUCGAAGCUCAUCGCAAUUUUAUAAAUGGUUAAUCUAAUUUGUGCAAGUAUUGUAUUUUGUAUAGCUAGUACAAUCAGAAUAUUUUCAGUGAUCUCUUUGACAUUAAUUUGAGGAUUCAACAAAUUAUGUGUUACUAUUUAAUGAAUUGUACAGUGCCAGACUCAUAGCAUUUUGUUGUCCUUCUAUUGUUGUAGCCUCCUACAUGGCUGCAGGGGUUAUUUCUUUUUCACAACUGAGAACUUAUCCAUAGACGAGUGAGCUGAAGCAGCUGGAGUUCAGACAGAAAUGAAUGAAUAUGGUGUGUGUUUUGACCAUUAUGAAUUCAUUUAGAGGGAGGAUUGUUAAUGGCCACCUGAAAUGUGAAUCAUGACCAACAGUUAAUUGUAAGGAGAGGGACAAUGUCCUGUAAUGAAAUUCAUGGAGUUAUUUUCAUGCCUAUAAAUAAACAAAAAAAACCUUUUGUUAUUGUUUAAUGCAUCAAUCCCCUUGGAUACAGCAGUGACUUACAAAGAAUUUGUAUAAUAAAUUUGGUGGGAAAAUA